CUGAAAUCAAGAGUUGGACACUUACCUGACUGAACCACCCAGGUGCCGGAGAACACAAUGGCGAACUUUAAGGGCCACGCUCUCCCAGGGAGUUUCUUCUUGAUAGUUGGGCUGUGGUGGUCAGUCAAGUACCCGCUGAUAUACUUUCACCAGAAGGGGAAAAGCAGCCGACUGACUCGUUACCAACAGCGUCUCGAGAUCAUUGAAGCCACAAUCAGAACCUUGUUUUCAGUCAUUGGGAUCCUGGCAGAGCAGUUUGUUCCCGACGGGCCCCACCUCCACCUGUACCACGAAAGCGGGUGGGUGAAGUUAAUGAACUGGCAGCACAGCACCAUGUACUUAUUCUUCGCGGUCUCGGGGAUCGUGGAUCUGCUCACCUGCCUCGUCAGCCAUGUUCCCCUGGGGCUGGACAGACUGGUUAUGGCCGUGGCGACAUUCACCGAAGGUUUCCUCUUCUACUAUCACGUCCAUAACCGCCCACCCCUGGACCAGCACAUCCACUCACUCCUGCUGUGCGCCGUGUUCGGAGGGGCCUUCAGCAUCUUCGUAGAGGUGAUCCUUCGGGACAAUAUCGUGCUGCAGCUCUUCCGAACCAGUCUCGUUAUUCUUCAGGGCACCUGGUUCUGGCAGAUCGGGUUUGUGCUGUUCCCACCUUUUGGAGGACCUGAAUGGGACCAGAAAGAUCACGCAAACCUCAUGUUCGUCACCAUGUGCUUCUGCUGGCACUACUUGGCUGCCCUCUGCAUUGUGGCCAUCGGCUACUCACUCGUUUUCUGCCAUUUGACCCGGUUAAAGAGGCCCGGAGGAGAAAUCAUUGGCAUCCAGAAGCUGAAGUCAGAUCACACUUACCAGACAGCCCUCUUGAGUGGCUCGGAUGAGGAAUGAGAGGAGGCCACCUGCCACCAGUGCGGGGUGGAUGUGCCCCUCUGAGUACAACAUGCCAGAGUGUGCAAAGAGGUAGCUCAUCUCCCUUUCAGUGCCUGCUGUGGUCUGCUCUUAAGGGUUUAUACAUUCGUACCUUCUCAUUAAACUAAGGUCUCUGUUGCUAUGGUAUCCUUCAUAGAGAAAAAUGAAGCAACAAGCCCUUAUUUAUGUUCCCAUAUGAAGGGAAAUCAAAGACUCUGAAAGUUUCAGAAUAGGAUGUGGCCUCAUGGAUGAAUCCAGGAUAUGAAUCUAGCAGAAAAUACUGCUUUUGAUAAAUUAUUCCUUUUUCUCUCAAGAAAACAGGUACUUUCUUAGCAGAAAUUA